AGAGCAAAGUGUCACCCACCCCGCUGCCGCUGCGUAUGCGUGUGUACGUGUGUAUGUGCUGUGUGCUGAGUGCUGCCGCUGUCUCUGCUGCUGUUGUCGCUGUCGCUGUCGCAUUUGUCGUCGUCGUCGUCGUUACAUUUUUUCUGCUCGCAGCGGCACGACAAUCAGUGUCACCCACGACUUUCGAAGGAGUGGAUCUCUUUUGCUGCCGCUGCUUCUGCUUCUGUCGCAGUCACAGUCACAGUCACCGUCACCGUCACAACAAUAACUGUUACUGCUUUUUCGUAGCCUUCGUCUCUGUGUUUUGUGUGUGCCUCGUGAGACUUCGCCGUCGCCGUCGCCGUCGCGUUCGGUCAACAAUUAUAAUAAUAAUAUUCAACAAAAAUAAAAAGAAAACAUUUUUAAUGCGAAUCACAACAAAAUAAACUAAAUACACAAAAUAUGUGAAAUUUUUUUGGUGACAAAUUAUUAAAUAAAGAAAAAUCAAAAGAAACAAACAAAUUGAAACAAAACAAAAAAGACAACAAACACAUUUUUUCUGUGGAGAAUUUCACGAGCAGCAAAAAUUCACUUGCCCAAGACAAUGGAGCACAUUAUGAAUCCGUUUAUGCCGCCCGUCUAUCUGCUGGGUCACCCGCAUGCCCAUCCGCAUUCACAUAUGGGCCAGACCGCCAAAUCGCCAGCCAGCUCGCCGGGCACAGCGGGCGCAACAGGAACUGGAGCUGGCUGCGGCAGCGGCAGCGGCAAGGGCAGCUCCAGUUCGCUGGCGAGCCAUGCGAAGCCAAAGCGCUGGGGCUCGCCGCCGAUCAACUUGGCGGGUCAGUUCAUCAAUCCGGCGACGGGCAAGAAGCGUGUCCAGUGCUCGAUUUGCUUCAAGACCUUCUGCGACAAGGGCGCGCUCAAGAUCCAUUUCUCGGCGGUGCAUCUGCGCGAGAUGCACAAGUGCACCGUGGAUGGCUGCAAUAUGGUGUUCAGCUCGAGGCGUUCGCGCAAUCGGCACAGCGCCAAUCCGAAUCCGAAGCUCCAUUCGCCGCAUAUUCGCCGCAAGAUUUCGCCGCACGACGGACGCACCGCUCAACAGUUUCCCGUUUUUCCGGCGGCCGCUGCCGCAGCUGCAGCCUUUCCGGGGCUGCUGCCGCCACCUCAUCCACAUCAUGGACACCAUCCACAUCAUCCGCAUCAUCCGGCUGUGGGCUACGGGCCGGCGGCUGCUGCGGCUCAUGUCAUGUUUGGCGGCCAGUCGGGUCUGCAUAAUCUUGGCCUGCUCGCGGGCCGCACGCAGCACGAGCGGCUCUUUGCCGAGGCGAAUGCGGACAUUGAUGCGGAUGUGGACGCGGAUAUCGAUGCGGAUGCCGAUGCGGAUGAUGAGGGCGUCUACGUGUAUGUCGACAUGCAUGCCAACAGCGCCAGUCCAGCUAGUCAGGACUGCCACAGCGAGGCGGAUGCAGAUCCCGAGGCGGAUGCGGAUAACGAGCCAGAUGCGGAGCUGCACUGCAGCCUGAGCCUGGCCAGCAAUACAAACAGUCACACCAGCUUCGAUGAGGAGGAGCGCACGGAGCAGCCCCUGGACUUCAGUCUGCACAAGCGACGCGAACGCCAGACGAAACCGGAACCGGAGCCGGAGCCAAAGCCCAGAUCAGCUCCAGAGCGGGAACAGGAGCUAUGCGAGCGCCGGAUCAAGCGCUCGCCCAGCCCCUGCGGCGGCAGCGGCUUCUCCAUGGAACGGCUGUUGGGCAAGCGCCGACGUCACGACAGCUGCGCAUCCAGCUCCCAGGAAUCGACGACAGCCAUCAAGAUGGAGCUGGAGCUGGACAGCGACAGCGCCGAUGCACCGCACAGUCACGAGCGGCGCGCCCACCACGACGAGCACGCCCACGACCUGUCCACGCCGCAGGCCCGUAAACACCUGCCGACCAGCUGCUCGCCCGACGCCGCAGUCGCAGCCGCAGUCGCAGCCGCAGCCGCAAUCAGCCCCAACUCGCAACCGCAGCCCAAUCCCAUGCCCAGCUCCGUCUCCGUCUCCGGCUCCAGUUCGAUUGCCGCGGCGCCUUCGCCGCCCGGCCUGCUCUUCGGCAUGGAUCUGGAGGAGCAGCAUCAUUUCCGGCUGCUCCAGACGCAAAUGUUUGCAGCCGCAGCGGCCGCCGCCGCCAGCGCCAGCGCCAACGCCAACAGCAGCGUCGCCCAGUCGCCCACAGCCGCCGCGCCGUGGAAUCUGCUGUCCGAGGUCUACCGCUCCAUGCUGCUCAGCAGCAGCAACCUGAAGGCGCCGCAAACGGCGCCAACGACGCCGCAGCCGGCCCAAUACAGCGACAUGCCGCCCACCAAUGCCGCCAUCUCCGUUUAAAAGUAGCCCCCCCCCUCCCCGCCCCUCGCGCUCCACGCAAUUAGAAAAUGUUCUCAAUUAAAAAGCAACCCCCUAUCCCCAUUUUUUUUUUGUUUUUUUUUUGGGCAUGCAGCCAUGAAAUGGCCUAUAUAGAUUAACUGUAACUGAAUCUGGAUCUGCAUCGAAAUGGAAACAGAACCCGAUCUGGCUUAAAUGAUUAUGUUACCAUGCUGGAACUUAGCUUUUCUACUCGUACUUGUGUUAUAUAUAAAUCGUAUAUAUAUAUAUAUAUAAAUUUUUUUUUUUUACACAAAUAACGUUUUUUUUUUCCUGUAUUCUAAGAUAAUGCGACAUCUAAGUGUAUAGUAUUCAAUCCGUUCCUCAGUGCAAGUGCACCCAGUGUGACCAGAAGAGUUCGCUAAAGAGUGUCUGUCUGUCUGCGUCUGUGUGCGUGUGUCUGUGUGUGUGUGUGUGUUAACUCCUUGAAUGCGCAACUCUUUUGGCCCACUGUACGGCGUACAACGAAGUAUUGAUAUUUAUAAAUAUUAAACUAAAAAGCAAAGUAUAUUAAUAAUAUAUUAUGUAAUUUUAAGUGCAACAAUUUUUUUUCAUAGCCAAUAACUAUUUGUAUUUGUAACUAACUUUAUAUAGAUAUAUAUAAAUACUACUAUAUAUACGAACAAAAACAAAAAAAACCAGGAAAAUUAAAAAAAAAAACAACAACAACAUAUCUCGUGUGUUUAUGCCCCUGUGUAUUUACUGCUCCCCCCUCGUCACGCCCCCCGUCCCGCCCUUUUUUUUUAUAGUUUACUAAACAAAUUCUGUACGCACAUGGAUAGAUCUAGUUGUUGCUAAUAAGUAUAUAUCCAUGGAUGUUUAGUGGAAAUGGAAAUGUUAUUGCUCUAUCGAAAAUCGAAAAUCGAAAAAUUUGCUCCCUAAGAGAUUCAUUGUGUAUUUAAUAAAUGAUAUUUCAUUUGAACAAUAAAACCAAACAAAAUUCAAGAAACAUACAAAACAAAA